AUGAUACCAAUAUUGUUUCUCUCAUUUAUAUUGCCAGAUCUGAUAUUUGGAAUUUCUAUAACCCAUUCUGCCGGACAACAUAUUCUCAAUUUCCACAAUGAGAUUAGACAACUUGUUGCCAAUGGUAAAUUCAAAUUAAACGAUAAAUCAAUUGCCCAAAAUUCAUCAAACAUGCGAAAAUUGAUUUGGGAUGCAAAAUUAUCCGAAAAGGCACAAAAUUAUGUGGACAAAAACCAGCCGACAGAACCACGAAAUAUUCUUGGGGAAAGCUUUUAUUUUGAAACACGCAUUGAGGGUAAUUCUUAUGGUCAGUAAAGUUUCAGAUUUAUAUUCGACAAACCAACUGUUCACAAUACUUAUUUUCAGAAUCGCCUUAUCUUGCUGCUGUUGCUGCAAUGAACAAAUGGAAAGCUGAGUUAAGUGAAAUUACCUGGUCACCAGAUUCAAUUGUGUGCGAUGAUUUCAAAAAAAUUCGUAACGGAUUGCAAAUGAUUCGAGCAACAACAGGAAGUGUUGGAUGCGCAUUGAAAAGAUGGAAAAAUGGAAAAGAGACUCAUCCAAGUGAAGUUCAACUUGCUCUUGUUUGUCUGUAUGACGGAGAUAUGGCAACUUCAGCAAUCUCUGAAGGAACACACGAGAUUUAUAAAGUGGGAACAGCAUGUUCCGCGUGUCCAAAAGAUUCAGAAUGUGAUGAAAAAUUAGGUCUUUGUGCGGGUUCAUCGGAAAGUAUUCCAGAAAACUCGACUCUUGCAACCAAUAUAUUAACAUUUAACAAUAACCAAAGAAGUUUGAUAGCAAAAGGACAAACAAUAUUGAAUACAGUGACGUGUGUUGCAAAGCCUGCUUCUAAUAUGCAAAAACUGGUAAGAACUCUGAAAUACCUUUCAAAUUAGUAGAGCACAUUUUACCAUAGUAGAAUAUCAAGAGAAAAAAUAGGCAAUCUCUGAAUGGGGCCCCUGAAUGGGGCCAUUUUCUCAGAAAAUGGGGCCACCUGAAUGGGGCCACUUGUGUGGCAAAUUCCCUCAAUGGGGCCAGCAAGAAAAAAGUAAGAGUUUCUCACUUUUUCCUUAAUGGGGCCACCUAAAAAGACAAAACACACAAUUUUUGUAUAUUUCCUCAAUGGGGCCAGGUAUUUUUUUUGCAUUUCCUGAAUGGGGCCCAUCUUUUCAUUUUUAUACAUCUUGUGACGUCAUAGUGAUCGUGAAUUGAAAUUUCAUGAAAGUUUUCAAAUUUUUUAAUAGCGUAUGUGAGUUAUAACUUAUUCAUAUGCCGAGUACCACGUAUGCAAAUGUUGGGUUCUGAAGGCAUAGCCUCUUUUAUAUGAAAAUUCUGAAGUUUCAUGAAUUUUUGAAACAGUAAAAUUAAAUAAAAUAUUUCUUUUUGGAAUUCAAGUCUUGCUUUUUUUCAAACACUCGAAAACUAUCAAAAAUCACAGAGAAAAUUCAGAAUUUUCACAAAUUGGAGAAAAAAUAUCAAAUUUUUUUCUCAAAUUUUCGGGUCAUGAGAAAUACUACGCAUCAAACAAUUCGAAAAAUAUUCCCGGAAGCAUGUUUUGAAAAUUGAACCAAAAUCUGGAAGUAGUUCUUUAGAUAAUUAUCACAGAAAUUCUAUAUAGAAUUUGAAAACUAUUGAAGAACAUGUCAUAUAAGUUUUCACACCUUGAUAUUUUGUCACCUUGCCCAUAAACAAGACACGGACAUCGCGCAAAAAAGUGUGUUUUUUUUGGAGACCCAGAUGAGUUUUUUGGGAAUUUAUCCAAAAAACUUGUUGUCAACUAGCAAAUAAUACGGUAAUAACCAAAACUUAAUGAAAAGUACAACUUAUUUUAAAAGAAAAGAUCAAUUUGAUUGAAGAAAAUAAUUGGGAAAAUGUAAAAGUUUACCCAGAAAAAUUAUUCGAGGAAAAUUUCAAUAUUUUCAUCAACAGAGCCUGAAAAUUUGAAAAAAAAGUUACAUUUGAAAUGUUUUCAAUGCUGAGAAUAAAAACCACAUAAUAACAACGUGAUUAAAAAUUUGAAAACUUUCAUGAAAUUUCAAUUCACGAUCACUAUGACGUCACAAGAUGUAUAAAAAUGAAAAGAUGGGCCCCAUUCAGGAAAUGCACAAAAAAUACAUGGCCCCAUUGAGGAAUUAUGCAGAAAUUAUGUGUUUCAUCUUUUUAGGUGGCCCCAUUCAGGAAAAAGUGAGAAACUCUUACUUUUUUCUUGCUGGCCCCAUUGAGGGAAUUUGCCACACAAGUGGCCCCAUUCAGGUGGCCCCAUUUUCUCAGAAACUGGCCCCAUUCAGGGGCCCCAUUCAGAGAUUACCAAAAAAUACACACGAUUUUGACUUUUUGAAUUACAGUAACCUUUCUUUCAUUUCAGGUUUGGGACAAUGAACUGGCUUGGGCUGCGGAACAAUUCGCCAAAGCAAGAGGCAAAGAAAAACGUUGGUAUACUGGUGAAAAUAUAUUUUAUGAAGAAAAUGGUGAUUCCGACCCGGCAACUAUUAUAAACAAAGCUAUGAACACUUGGUUCGAUGAAAUUCUAUUAACUCGGUGGUCAGUUAGUAGUCCGAUGACUGAACAACAUUAUAUAAAAAUGGGAAAUGGUCUGCAUAUGAUUUGGGCGAGUAGUAAUCGAAUUGGAUGCGGACACCAUCAAUGGAAAUCAGAAAAUGGUUCUCAUACGAGUUUUAUUUGUCGCUAUGGCCCAGUUUCUAUGUUAUAUAACCAUAAGGUUUAUGCAGUUGGUGAGGCUUGUGCAACGUGUCCUUUUGGAACUUCUUGUGAAACAAGUUCAGGGUUGUGCGUUAAGGAGUUAGUUACGGAAUCUCAGGCACUUCCUUCGUAAUAACAAUAAACAUUUUACUCAAUGUACAGUUUUUUGUUUAUUCAAUUUCAUCAAUACAUUAUCAAAAACAAAAUUCAAAAGCCUGAACAACUCUGAAGCUGAGCUCGUGUUCCAAACUUUUUCUCAAUGCGUAUUUUCUAAAAUCGCGUAGCAUCUCAAGAGACAGAGAAUCGAAACGACACAAUCCCCAGGAUCAAAGUUAUAGACGAAAGAAUUUAUGAAACAUUUUCUCAUAGACAAUCGGUCUAGACACAUUCUCCGAGCGAACUUUUCGGCUUUCACGAAAAAAACAUUCAUUUAUCAUCCUUCAAAUGACGAUUAGAUCAAUUAUUUGUCUUUUAUUCAUUCUGCCAUCUCCAACACUUGGUAUUUCAAUCACUCAUCCUGCUGCAAUACACAUUCUCGACUUUCACAAUGAAAUUAGAAGUCUUGUCGCUCAAGGGAAAUUCAAAAUAAACAAUAAUCUAAACGCUGAACCUUCUUCAAACAUGCGAAAAUUGGUGUGGGAUGCGAAAUUGGCCGAAUUGGCACAGAAUUAUGUCAAAGAUGAGCACCCGACAGAACCCCGAAAUUUUCUUGGAGAAAGCUUGCAUCAAAAUAACUAUACAACGGAUCAAAAUGGUAAGCCAAGUUUCAUAAACAUCAAACAAAUAUCUAGGUUUAUUAGAUUAGUUCAAUUGUUUCCAGAUUCUCCGUAUUUUGACGCUGUCAAUGCAAUGAAUGAAUGGAAAGCUGAGUUAGGUAAUUCAAGUUGGUCACCAAAUUCGAUUGUGUGUGAAGACUUCAAAAAAAUUCGAAAUGGAUUACAAAUGAUUCGAGCAACAACAGGAAGUGUUGGAUGUGCUUAUCACGAGAAGAAAAUGCACGGUGUUCUUGUUUGUAUGUAUGACGGUGAUAUGGCAAAACUGGCCAUCUCUGAAGGAACACAUGAAAUUUAUAAAGUGGGAAAAGCAUGUUCCGCGUGUCCAAAAGAUUCAAAUUGUGAUGAAAAAUCAGGACUUUGUGUUGGUUCGUCGGAAAGUAUUCCAGAAAACUCAUCACUUGCCUCUAUGAUUUUGUCACGUCAUAAUAAAGAAAGAAGUAGAUUUGCAAACGGCAAUGCAAUUUCAACAAGUGGAAGUUGCACCCUCCGACCUGCAUCUAACAUGCGGAAAUUGGUGAAUAUAAAUGUAACUACAACAAUUCAUCUUUGACUUUCAGACUUGGGACAAUGAACUUGCCUGGGCUGCAGAGCAAUACGCAAAAUCCGAAGCCAAAGAAAAACGUUGGAAUGGUGGUGAAAAUAUAUUUUAUGAAGUAGGUGGUGAUUCAAAUCCAGAACGUAUUGCAAAUUCAGCGAUGACGGCGUGGUUAGAUGAAGUUCUAUCAAAACAGUGGUCUUUGAAAGACGAAAUAGGAGAAAAACAAUAUAUCGAAAUGGGAAAUGGUCUACAAAUGAUUUGGGCGUAUAGUGAUAAGAUUGGUUGUGGACUCUAUCAAUGGUAUUCAGAGAAUGGUUUGAAGAAACAUGCAAAUUUUGUUUGUCGAUAUGGCACGACAUAUUUUGAUUAUAAGCAAAAUGUUUAUUUAUCUGGGAAAACUUGCAAACUGUGUGGCACAGGAAUGACUUGUGGAAGUAAGGAUGAUGAAUCUGGGUUGUGUGUAAAAAAAUGA